AUGGGAAACUGCUGGUCUUGUUUCAAAGCGCCACUUCAGUCGUCUAUCACUGAUACAUCAAACGUACCUGACAUUAAAGAAGAAACUAUGGAGCUCAAAAGAUUGUUCCCAUUAAAUUCUUGUACGAAAGAAUCCUUAGUGUCAAAUGAGACACUAAGUAAUAGUAACAAAAAGUCGCUUGUGUCUACUGUGUCAGUUCCAAAUAACAUAGGCUCUGAUAAUUGUGGAUCAUUACCAAUUCAAAAUAAUUUACGCAUAUCUCGAGCUUUUUAUGCAAGAUUUCCUCCUCUUUGUCGUUCAAUGGCAACAAAUGUUAAUACGUUUAGUGAUAAACAUCCAAAAGAGUCACAAGACGAAAAGUUGUCCAUGUUAUUUGAUCAAUAUAAGGACCCACAUGAAGAUAUAAUAUUAGCUGAUGGAAUCGAAAGACUUUGCAAUGAUCUCCAACUUUCACCUAAUGAUUUCAAAGUUCUCGUUCUCGCGUGGAAACUCGAAGCUGAACAAAUGUGUCAAUUUACGCGUAAAGAGUUUGUGAAUGGGUUAAAAUCAAUGUAUGUUGACAGCAUACAAGGUAUACAAACACGAUUACCAGAAAUCGUUCAAGAACUGAUUAACAAUGCUGAAAUGUUUAAAGAUUUAUAUCGAUUUACGUUUCGAUUUGGUCUUGACGUAACUUCAGGUCAACGAAUUCUUCCUGUUGACAUGGCUAUUGUUCUUUGGAAAUUAGUCUUUUCAAUCCGUGAGCCAUCUUUACUUUUAAGAUGGCUGUCUUUUUUAGAAUGUCAUCAUGUACGUGGAAUACCCAGAGACACUUGGAAUAUGUUUCUUAAUUUUGUAGAAGUUAUUGGUAAUGAUCUUGGUGCAUAUGAUGAUGCCGAAGCAUGGCCAAGCUUGUUUGAUGAUUUUGUAGAGUAUGAAAAUGAUCAAGUGAAUCAAAAUAUUACUAAAGACGAGUUUUUGAAAGGCUCAAUACACGAUAACAAUAAUUGA